AUGUCGACCCCGCGAGUGCUUUCCAAAGCUCUUCCGACUCUUAAAUGCGUUCCCCAACGAUCCGCCGGGCCACUUGCGCGAUAUGCCCGAUCCUACAGCAAGCCGAGCUUCGUAACAGCUUCUCCCGUCUCCCACAGAGAAACCCCUCCUCCAAUGCGCAAAUCCCUCUGGCGCGGCGCUUCCCCACAAACACGAAACUUCUCCGUAACAACAGCUGUUAGCCACGGUCACGUCCACCCCCCAAAGCCCGGCGAAGAGCUCUGGGUAACAUUCAUCGACAAAGAAGGCCUCGAAACCAAGAUCGCCGUAUCCGCAGGUGACAACCUGCUAGACAUUGCGCAGGCCAACGAUCUCGAGAUGGAGGGCGCAUGCGGCGGUUCCUGCGCCUGCUCUACCUGUCAUGUCAUCGUGCUAGACCAGGACUACUACGACCGCAUGCCAGAGCCGGACGAUGACGAGAACGACAUGUUGGACCUGGCAUUUGGCUUGCAGGAGACGAGUAGGCUGGGGUGCCAGGUGGUGAUGAAGCCGGAGCUGGAUGGGUUGCGGGUGAAGUUGCCGUCGAUGACGAGGAAUUUGCAGUCGAGUGACUUUAAGUGA